AUGACUAUUAAGAUAGUUGUUGGAGGACGAAAUAUUCAUAUUAUUAGUACUUAUGCACCUCAAGCGAGCUUGGGCGAGGAGGUUAAAAGGCACUUCUGGGAGAAUCUGGACGAGUUUGUACGAGGGAUUCCACACUUUGAUAAGCUAUACAUAGGUGGAGAUUUCAAUGGCCAUAUUGGGGCAUCUGUUGGAGGGUACAACGAAGUGCAUGGCGGCUUCAGUUUUGGGGAUAGAAACGAAGGAGGUACUUCACUUUUGGAUUUUGCCAUAGCUCUUAAUUUUGUUAAAGCUAACUCGUAUUUCCAGAAGAGGGAGGAGCAUUUAGUCACCUUUCGUAGUAUGGUGGCCAAGACCCAGAUUGAUUAUCUUCUCUUUAGAAGGUGCGAUAGAGGUCUAUGCUCCGAUUGCAAUGUUAUCCCGGGCAAGAACAUAGUGACCCAAUAUAGGCUCUUGGUUAUGGACUUGAAGAUUAAGAGGAGGAGUAAGAGGGCCACGUGUGGCCAACCAAAGAUCAAGUGGGGAGCUUUGACUAAGGAGAUCGCCCUAUAA